UCCGUGCUCAGUUAGCUCCGGGCGCUGUCGAGCUGAGAUUUUCCAUUCUCCAAAGCUGCUGAAGUUGUCUGGAAAGAAGAAAUCAGACAGCAUGGUUCCUCAGAUCAGCUUCUUCUGAAUCCAGACAUGGUGCAGCUGUUGGUGAUUAAAGAAGAAAUGCUCCCAGGAGUUGAAUCUGAGUGUUGACCAGACAGACAUGAAUGAGGUGCAAGAGGAACUUUGGACAAGUCAAGAUGAACAGCAGCAUCCCAGGCUACAGGAGGAGGGUGAUGGCACUAAGUUACCUUUCACUCUUGUUCCUGUCAAAAAUGAAACCGAUGAAGAAAAACCCCAAUCAACAGAGGUUCAUCAAAUCCAAAUAGAGGAGAACAUAGAGGCAAAGCCUCUGGCCAGCAGCUCAGCUGCAUACAAAAGACUGACAGCACAAGCUGAUGAAGGUGACUAUGAAGAACCAGAAACAGUGAGAAACUUGUGUCAUUAUAGUUGGUUACAACCAGAUACAGAUAGUAGGAAUUCCUGCAGUUCUGAAACUGAAACUGAUGAUAGUUACGAAUGGAAGCAGACCAGGAAUUUUUGUUCAGAUUUAAACUAUGUGCAAAACAGCGAUGCCUUUGAAAGUGAUAGCAAGUUUAACAUUUCUAGGAAACAGUUUAACUGCUCUGAAUGUGGAAAAGAUAUUGAUUACAUGAGCUAUUUAGAGCAAAACAAGAGAAUUCAAGCAAGUAAGAAAGCCUUUAACUGUCCUGAUUGUGUUAACAGGUCAAGCCAAAAGGACAUUCUGAACUCAAAUACAAGAAAUUAUACAGAAAGGAAAACAUUUUGCUGCUGUGAAUGUGGUAAAAGAUUUGGAAGACAGAGGAAUCUGGAUAGACACAGGAGAAUUCAUACUGGGGAGAAACCAUUUGGUUGUUCUGAGUGUGGUAAAACAUUUGGACAAGAGAGUAGUCUGAACAUACACAUGGCAAUUCAUACCGGUAUGAGACCGUUUGGCUGUCCAGAUUGUGGUGAACGAUUUGGACAAAAGACCAAUCUGUACAGACACAUGAGAAUUCAUACAGGUGAGAAACCAUUUGUCUGUUCGGAGUGUGGUAGAAGGUUUGGACGAGAGAGCAGUCUCAAGGUACACAUGAGAAUACAUACAGGAGAGAAACCAUUUGGCUGUUCUGAGUGUGGUGAAACAUUUGUACAAAAAAAUGGUCUGAACAGCCAUAGGAGAAUUCAUACAGGAGAGAAACCAUUUGGCUGUUCUGAGUGCGGUAAAGGAUUUGGUGAGAAAACUGAUCUUAAAAGACACAUGAGAACUCAUACAGGAGAAAAGCCAUUUAGCUGUGCUGAGUGUGGCAAAAGAUUUGGACGAGAGAGCAGUCUGAAUGUACACAUGGUAGUUCACACAGGCAAGAAGCCAUUUGGCUGUUCUGAGUGUGGUAAAAGAUUUGGAGUAAAGAGUACCCUGAAUGUACACAUGAGAAUUCAUACAGGAGAGAAACCAUUUAUUUGUUCUGAGUGUGGUGAAAGAUUUGGAGUAAAGUGUAAUCUGAAUGUACACAUGAGAAUUCACACAGAGGAGAAGCCAUUUCAUUGUUCUGAGUGUGGAAAAAGAUUUGGAGAAAAAAAUGACCUGAAAAGACACAUGAGAAUUCAUACAGGAGAAAAACCAUUUAGUUGUUCUCAAUGUGGUGAAACGUUUGGUGUAAAGAGUUAUUUGAAAAGACACAUAAGAAUUCAUACAGGAGAGAAACCAUUUAGUUGUUCUGUGUGUGGUAAAAGAUAUGGAGAAAAAAGCAGUCUGACCAGGCAUAUGAGAAUUCAUACAGGAGAGAAGCCAUUUGGCUGUUCUGUAUGUGGUAAAAGAUUUGGUGACAAAAGCAGUCUGAACAGACACAUGCGAAUUCAUACAGGACGGUGGGUUGGAGUUCCUACUGGACAUUUGCCUCAAAUGUCCUCGGUCCCACUGUGAAGAGGGUUUGCGGGGAGAGAUCUCUGUAUGAGGACGUUUCAGUGAAAACGAACCCUAGCUAAAAACUCCACAAAGCAAAUAUGGAAAAGUCGGAAAAUGGCAAAUUGUACUGGCCGGAUGUCUCCCAGGAUAAAAAGGUCCCCAAAUCAUGCCUAGGCACCAGGGUGUGUGAGGAAAGUAAUGGUGCAACUUCUCUUAGUGCUGCAGGGAAUGAUCUCCCCUGCGAGAGCACUCAACUGGAUAACCCAUCAGAUCAGCAUAGCUCUGAUCCUGGACUCCAGCAGCAACAGCCUCAAAGGCCAAAAAGACAUCUACGAAAAUACGCCACUGUUACUUGGACCAUUGAAGAGAAGAAAACAAUCUUCUACUGCUUCGCUUACUCAAGACAUGAGAAGUGGGGCAGGAGAAAAAAGGCAGUAUUUGAGGAGAAGAUAAAAGAAGCGGAUUUACCAAUGGA